AUGGGACCCAUCCACACACCCCGCGCAUCCACCCCAGCACCGGAAGACAACGAGCCCUGGGCCAACCUGCCGUACCACCCCGGCUGGGGCAACAACUUCCGCUCCGAGUCGAUCCCCAACUCGCUCCCGAAGCAAGGCCACAACCCCCAAGACCCACCCUAUGGUCUGUACACUGAAGGCGUCACCGGGUCCGCCUUCACCGCUCCUCGCGCGAAGAACAAGCGUAGCUGGCUGUAUCGCGUCCGUCCCUCUGUCGUGCAUGAGGCGUACGAGCCGUAUGAGGGCAACGCGGGCCUAAUCUCCGACUUCUCGCGCCACAAUCCCGAGAUCGUCGUAACACCUCAGCAGAUGCGAUGGGACCCCUUCACCGUUAAGGGCGCGCGCGGACUCGACUUUGUCGACAGCCUGCGGACCAUCGGCGGCUGCGGUGACUGCCAGAACAAAGACGGGAUCGCGUACCACUUCUACGAGUUUGGGCGGGACAUGGAGAAACGCGCCCUCUACAAUGCCGACGGCAGCUGGCUCUUCCUUCCCACCAAGGGAGAGCUGCUCCUCACCACCGAGUUUGGCAAGAUGCACGUGCCUCCCGGGUUCCUGGCCGUCAUUCCGCGCUCCCUCAAGGUCACCGUCUCACGCGUGGGCGACACGGCCAACGAGACAGCUACAGGCUAUGUGAUCGAGAACUACAGGGGCAACUUUGAGCUCCCCGAGCUGGGUCCGAUUGGCGGCAACGGACUCGCGAACCUGGAAGACUUUGAGACGCCACGCGCAGCGUACGAGGACGCGGACGAGGAGUGGACCACGAUCGCCAAGUUUGGUGGUUCCCUUUGGCAGUACAAGCAGGACCACAGCCCGUACGACGUCGUGGCAUGGAUGGGCAACUACUACCCCUACCGCUACGACAUGAACAAGUUCAACACGAUGGGCGCGCUGAACUAUGACCACCCCGACCCCAGUAUCAGCGCCUUGCUCACCGUCCCCACCGAGCAGCCGGGUACUGCUGCUUUCGACCUGCUCUGCUUCGGACCCCGCUGGCAGGCCGUCAGCAACACGUUCCGUCCCCAGUGGUUCCACCGCAACAUCAUGCCCGAGUUCAUGGUCACGAUCAAGGGAUACCCGUCGCCCAAGGACGGAGCCAACCUCCACAACGUGUCGAGUGCCCACGGUCCGAGUAGCGAUGUCACGAACGCGGCGAACACGAUCCCGCCCGGUCCCAUGUGGGUCGGCGACGGUGGAAUCAUCUGCCUCAUGGAGACGUACCUUCCUCUCAACCUCACGAAGUGGGCGCUCGGGGACCAGCUCCAGAAGGACUACCACAGGGCCAUGUGGCAGGACAUCAAGAGGCAUCACUCGCUGCCGGCCAAGUCCAGCUAA